AUGGUGGCAAAUUCCAACUGUACUGUUCAAGACUCCUUUAAAUAUACUUUAUAUGGCUAUGUGUUUAGUAUGGUAUUUGUCCUUGGUUUAAUAUCAAACUGUGUUGCUAUUUACAUCUUUACGUGCACACUAAAAAUCAGAAAUGAAACUACAACUUACAUGCUUAAUUUAGCAAUAUCAGAUCUCCUUUUUGUGUUUACAUUACCAUUCAGAAUUUACUCUUUUGCAUCGAAAGACUGGCCAUUUGGAGAUGUACUAUGCAAGAUUUCUGUCACACUGUUUUAUACAAACAUGUAUGGGAGCAUUUUGUUUUUAACCAGUAUCAGUAUUGACCGUUUUUUAGCAAUUGUAUAUCCAUUUUGGUCAAAGACAAUCAGAACAAAAAGAAAUGCAAAGAUCAUCUGCAUUAUAAUUUGGAUAAUUGUGACAACAGGAAGCAUACCAGCAAGUUUCUUUCAAUCCACCAAUGCUCGUGUUAGUACUGAAGGAUGGAAACACAAUACAUGUUUUGAACACUUCUCUGAAAAAACUUGGAAAACCUACCUUUCAAGAAUUAUUAUUUUCAUUGAAACAGUAGGCUUUUUUAUUCCUCUCAUACUGAAUGUGACAUGCUCUGCAAUAGUUAUAAGGACAUUAAAUAAGCCAAUUACACUGACCAGGAAUAAAUUAAGUAGAAAAAAAGUUCUACGAAUGAUACUUGUUCACUUACUGAUCUUCUGUUUCUGUUUUGUUCCUUAUAACAUCACCCUAAUAUUUUAUGCCCUGAUGAGAACUCAAGCAUGGGUUAAUUGUUCAAUUGUUACUGCUGUUAGAGUUAUGUAUCCAAUCACUCUGUGUAUUGCUAUUUCAAACUGUUGUUUUGACCCUAUAGUAUAUUAUUUUAUUUCAGCCAGUAUUCAAAAUUCAAUAAAAAUAAAAACUUCAUCAACUAGAAGACAGAGAUUUUCUGAAACUCAAGUUUCUGAUACUCAAGUUCGAUCCCAAGCAUUAAAAGCAAGAGUACUGGACAUUGAAUCUACUAUAUAAAUGGUGUUGACAGUUAGAAAAUAGAAUGUUCAAGAAUGUUCUUAUUUUUUCUUCAAAUAUAGUUAAAUUGAAUUUAAAAGUUGUGAAUUUUAAACACUAUUUUUAAUCUGUAAGCUGUUGUUUUAUGAAAUUUAUAUUAUCAAAUUAGAAAAAUAUUUCAUCUAUGUGGAUUUAAAAGAAAAUAUUUUUAUUAUUCAAUAUCUUAGGAAAAGGAGGUGUUAUAAUAAAGUGCUAAUAGUUUUCCUUAUUAUCCAAUAAAUUGUUUUCUUUCUUAUGUUACCAGUUUCAAUAUUAACAUCAUUGACAAUUUAACAUUUUAUUCAAAGGUAAUUUACUAUUGAAAAGACUGUGGAACUGUAUAAUAAAUUCUAUCAUGUAAAAGUGAAGAGAAAUAGUUUAUGGUGAUUGUUUAUGAACCUUGCUAAAAUCUUGUUUAUUUGAAUUAUGAAGUAUUAAACA